GUCGCGUGGCCUAGCGUCGGCGUGACGGUUGGACGCGGGCGCGGCACUGCGGGUCCCGAUUGCUGCAGCCGCUUGUCAGUGUGAUGAAGAUUGGCACCCAGACCACAUUUGCUUUUGACUCAAGAUGAUUUGAUGUCUUGUAAUAAAACUCUCAUUAACCAUGAUGGCUACACAGACAUUAAGUAUAGACAGCUAUCAAGAUGGGCAACAAAUGCAAGUAGUAACAGAGUUAAAAACGGAGCAAGAUCCUAACUGCUCUGAGCCUGAUGCAGAAGGAGUGAGCCCUCCCCCUGUGGAAUCUCAGACACCAAUGGAUGCAGACAAGCAGGCCAUUUAUAGGCAUCCACUAUUCCCACUAUUAGCUUUGUUGUUUGAAAAAUGUGAGCAAUCUACACAGGGCUCCGAAGGCACAACUUCAGCCAGUUUUGAUGUGGAUAUUGAAAAUUUUGUAAGGAAGCAAGAGAAGGAAGGAAAACCUUUCUUUUGUGAAGAUCCAGAAACUGACAAUUUAAUGGUUAAAGCAAUCCAGGUUUUGCGUAUUCAUCUUCUUGAGCUGGAAAAGGUUAACGAGCUCUGCAAAGAUUUCUGUAGCCGAUACAUUGCUUGUCUGAAAACGAAAAUGAACAGUGAAACUCUGUUGAGUGGAGAACCCGGAAGCCCGUAUUCCCCUGUACAAUCCCAGCAGAUCCCGAGCGCCAUCACAGGCACACUCAGCCCCCAGGGCAUCGUGGUGCCCGCAUCUGCCCUGCAGCAGGGAAAUGUAACCAUGGCAACAGUGGCAGGUGGCACAGUUUACCAACCUGUCACAGUGGUCACUCCACAAGGUCAAGUAGUGACACAGGCGCUGUCGCCUGGGACAGUUAGGAUCCAGAAUUCACAGCUUCAGCUGCAGUUAAACCAGGAUCUUAGCAUCCUGCAUCCAGAUGAUGGCUCGUCUAAGAAUAAGCGGGGCGUCCUGCCAAAGCAUGCCACAAACGUGAUGCGGUCAUGGCUCUUCCAGCAUAUUGGGCACCCCUACCCUACAGAGGAUGAGAAAAAACAGAUUGCUGCUCAGACAAAUUUGACACUACUUCAAGUGAACAACUGGUUCAUCAAUGCUAGACGAAGGAUUCUUCAGCCAAUGUUGGAUUCCAGCUGUUCAGAAACUCCAAAAACAAAGAAAAAAACUGCUCAGAACAGACCAGUCCAGAGGUUCUGGCCCGACUCCAUUGCAUCAGGAGUUGCCCAGGCACCACCAAAUGAGCUCACCAUGUCAGAAGGAGCUGUUGUCACAAUCACGGCACCUGUGAACAUGAACGUGGACAGCCUCCAGUCUUUGACUUCGGACGGGGCCACCCUGGCAGUGCAGCAGGUCAUGAUGGCAGGCCAGAGUGAGGACGAAUCUGUGGACAGCACAGAGGACGACGGGGGCGAGCUCACCACUACCCACAUCAGCGGGCUGGUCUUGGAGAACAGUGACUCCCUGCAGUAGGGAGUCACAAUGGCCAGGACAAGGGGCAGACUCGCCUGACUUUUUAUAGUUUGCACAGCAAACGUUUUACACAAGUUUUAUUUCUAAUAUGUUUUAUAUGUAGAUAUAGAAGAGUGCACUUUUGUAUUUCA